UAGUAUAUCCAAUAAAACAAUUAGAAUUAUGGAUACCGAAGAAACAUAUCAAUCGUACAUUAAUACCGAAUUCAGUGACGAAAUCGUUAUUUCUGGUAUCGCUGGUAGAUUCCCAGGCUCAGACAAUAUAAAACAAUUACAAGAAAAAUCUAUUCAACAAAAAUUAAUACUUCUUAAAGCAAAUCAUUCUCGAUGGAAUAUAGAGCAUUCAAACUUACCAACUCGCAUGGGAACAAUUAAUAAUCUGGAAAAAUUUGAUGCUGAUUUUUUUGAUAUAUCUUUCAAACAAGCAAAUAUACUUGAUCCUAUGAUAAAAAUGUUACUGGAACACACUUACGAAGCAAUUGUCGAUGCAGGGAUCAAUCCAAAACAAUUACGAGGAAAAAAUACUGCAGUAAUUAUAGGGACGAGUUUCCUUGAAUCACAAGAGACAUUUUUGUAUAAAAAUUUACAGAUAGACGACGGAACCAUUGCAGGAUGCACCAAAUAUGCAGCAGCAAAUACUCUAUCUCAUUUAUUCCAUCUAAAAGGACCAUCCUAUACAAUGGAUAGUGCUUGUAGCUCUAGUCUAUACGCUAUCGCAGUUGCAUAUGAUUGUAUUAUGUCAGGCCGAUGCGAGGAUGCAAUAGUUGGAGCCACAAAUCUUUGCUUACAUCCUAUUCCAAAUAUGCAAUUUUUUCGACUUGGUGUUUUAUCUUCCGAUGGAUAUUGUAGGCCAUUUGAUACUGCCGCAAGCGGUUAUUCGCGUGCCGAAGCCGUGUCGGUAGUAUAUCUUCAAAAAGCUAAAAAUGCAAAAAGAAUUUAUGCUGUAUGUAAGCAGAUUAAACUAAAUAAUGACGGUUACAAAGAACAAGGAAUAUUAUUUCCAUCGACACACAUGCAUAGUGCUUUAUUAACAGAGUUUUACAAUGAAUGCGAAGUACCACCAUCUUAUUUGGAUUACAUCGAAGCACAUGGUACUGCUACUAGAGCUGGCGACCCUGAAGAAAUCAAUGCUAUCCGUAACGUUCUGUGUCAAAAUAGAAAAACUCCAUUGAUGGUAGGAUCCGUAAAAUCUAAUCUUGGUCAUGCAGAACCUGCCAGCGGUAUCACACAAAUCGCUAAGGUGAUAAUAGCAUUUGAAACCGGUUUUGUACCGCCAAACAUUAAUUUUACAUCACCGCGGAACGAUAUAGACGCCUUAAUGGAUGGAAGCAUCCGUGUCAUCACAGAAGCAAUGCCGCUUAAAAAUGGUUAUGUAGGCAUAAAUUCUUUAGGUUUUGGUGGAGCCAAUGCUCACAUGUUAUUACAAUGGAAUGUCAAGGAAAAGAUUAAUAAUGGAAUUGUCAAUCAUCCCAUAGAUAUAGAAUACAUCCGUUUACUACACGACAUUCACACAGACGACAUAGAUGGUCAUUCAUGGAGAGGAUACAUUAUACUGGAUUCUCGGCAAAAAAAUUUCAUACAAAAAAUUCAAAAUUGUAAAAGCAUAAAACGAUCUACUUGCUUCAUUUUCUCUGCCUUUGCAGAAUCGAAAUGGCCAGAAAUGGGUAAAGAGUUAUUAAAAUUUAACGCAUUUGCAAAUGCUAUAAAAAUGUGUGAUAAUAUUUUGAAACCGUAUGAUAUAAGUAUCACAAAUAUUUUGACGAAAAUGGAUGUAAAAUUAAAGAAAAGCACUUUACAAACAUUUGUUGGUAUCAUCGCCAUUCAGAUUGGCUUAGUAGAUCUUUUAACAUCUGUAGACAUUAUUCCGGAUUAUAUAAUUGGUCAUUUUGCUGGUGAACUUGGUUGUGCUUACGCAGACGGGUGUCUCACUAUGGAACAAACUAUUCUGUCAACGUACUUUAUUGGUUUAGCAUGUGUGAAAGAGAAACUAGUUCAUAGCUCUACCGCAGUUAUCAAUUUGGAUUCCAAAUCUCUUAAAGAUAUAUGUCCAGCGGAUAUUGAAAUAAUAUGCAAAAACAACCAUAACAACAAUGUUGUAACUGGCCCCGCUAAAUCCAUUCAAGAAUUUUUGCGAAAAAUGCAGAACAACAACAUUGACGUGAAAGCAAUCUCCUGCAACAACAUACCGCAUCACAGUCGUUACCUCGCUUCUCUGAAAUCGCAGAUUUUUACAAGUUUGAACGAAAUAAUUUCACAGCCAAAAAAAAGGAGUCCCAAAUGGAUCAGCACCUCCGUACCUCGUAACGAAUGGUCCAAUCCAGCAUCAAAAUUGUGCUCAGCAAAUUAUCAUACGCGUAGUAUAUUAAAUACAGUUUUGUUUAAUCAAACAACGCAUAUAAUCCCAGAUAACGCUGUAAUUAUCGAAAUUGCACCAGUUAGCAUUUUUCAUGACAUUUUGAUAAAAUCGGUACAUUCCAAAGUAACGAACAUUGUAUUGACUAAGCAAAAUGAACAAAAUGCUAUCAAUUUAGCAUUGCAAGGGAUUGGAGAACUCUAUAACUAUGGUCUUCAACCGCGAAUUGCUAAAUUGUAUCCACCGGUGAAUUUUCCAGUUAGCCGAGGCACUCCUAUGAUCUCUCCAUCUAUAAGAUGGGACCAUUCUGAAGAUUGGUUUGUAAAUAAUUAUCAAAAGCAAAAGACCAUCAAAUCCAAAGAAAGACAAAUAGAAAUUAAGGUAGAUAACGAAGAUUAUAGCUAUAUGACCGGUCACGUCAUUGACGGAAAAAAUUUGCUACCUGCGACAUGCUAUCUAGUGCUUGUUUGGGAAACAAUUGGAAUGAUAAUGGAUAAAAUAUACACAUCAGUACCAAUAGUAUUUCAAAAUAUAAAAUUUAUUCGGGCUACUCAUUUAUCAAACGAUGGCUCUGUUAAUUUGACAAUUGUGAUACAGAGAGAAAGCGGCAAAUUUGAAGUCACCGAAGGAGACAGCGUUGCUGUAACAGGUGAAGUACACGCUGUAUCAAAUGCCGAACAAGAAAUGGUGCCGAAUGAUCUGUUGUCGGUGGAUACUGACGAGGAAGAACAUAUGACUUCUCGAGACAUUUACAAGGAAUUAAGGCUACGCGGUUACCAAUACAGUGGUGCAUUUUGUGGCUUAUAUAGCGCAUCAGUCUCAGGCAGCAAAGGACACAUCACUUGGACAGGUAAUUGGGUGACAUUCAUGGACAACAUGCUGCAAAUGUCUAUAAUUGGAAAAGAUACCAGAGACUUAUAUAUUCCAACAAAUAUUGAAAAAUUGGUAAUUAAUCCUGCACUUCACGCAUCAAAAUUGCGAGACGUGACAUCCGAAAAAAAAUUACCAGUACGUGUAUAUAAAGAAAUAGACGUAAUUAAAUCAGGUGGAAUAGAGAUACGUGGCAUGAAAGCUAUCUCGAUUUCUCACCGAAAACCAAUCGGAGAUCCCGUCAUCGAAGAACAUAAAUUUAUAGCUCAUCAGGAUCGCGCUAAUAUUUCGUUAAGUGAAGCAAUUCGAAUAUCGACGCAGCUGGCGCUAGAGGAUCAUCAGAUCAUUAAAGCAACAGCCAUAGAGCUAGUGGAAGAUGCAGAUGAUGUAAUGUUAGAAGAUCUAUCAUCAACGUUACUGAUUGAAGCUCUUGCUGAUAUUCCUUUAAUUCAAACAAAUAUUGCUAUACUAACAUCACCGAAUCGUUUCAAUCCAGCAGAACUGUCUUCAAAUGUUUUGAUCGCAAAUUUCAACAAACCAUUUGUAAGCGACAAAGCUUUGAUAGUUACAGGAUUUAAUCUUUUGACGAAACAUCAGAAUUCAUUAAAAAAACUUUUGCCACUUUUGAGGGACGGAGGUUAUCUCUUAACACGCGAGAAAUGCAAUCUAAAUAUGCAAAAUAAAUAUGAAAAAUAUUUGAGUGAAUAUGCAUUAAAUGUUAUUCUGGAAAAGCGUACGGAUAAAGAAAUAAUUAUACUAUUGAAGAAAAAGGUUGUAAUAACAAAAACAAUUCUUGUCUAUAUAAAUAAUAAUCAUUUCAAUUGGCUCGAAGACUUGAAGCAACUUGUAGACGACGAAAAUAAACACGAUGGCAAUAGCAGAAUUGUAAUUGUUGGAGAAACGGACUUUGAAUGCGGUUUAUUGGGUUUUCUUAACUGCUUGAGAAAAGAGCCUGGUGGACAGCUGGUUAGAGGUGUGCUUAUUCAGGACAAGCAUGCUCCUAAAUUUUCUCUACAAGAUCCAUUCUAUAUGGAACAAUUACAAAAAGAUAUGACUGUUAACGUUUUGCGACCUAAUAAAAUUUGGGGAUCUUACCGACAUUUGCGAUUACCGCAUCCAGAAGUAGAAUACGUAACUACAGCCUAUGUCUGUCAAACGGUUCGUGGUGAUUUAAGUUCUUUUUGUUGGAUGGAAAACGAUAUAUCAAUCGAUUCUGAUGGCAAAGAUAUAGUACGUGUGAUUUAUUCGUCUAUCAAUUUCAAAGAUGUACUGCUAGCAACAGGAAAAUUAACGUCGGAUAUCGAAAUAUUUAGACGAUUACAAAGCAUGAGUCUUGGAUUUGAAUAUGUCGGUUUUGAUGUCAAUGGUCAGCGAGUUAUGGGACUUUGUGACAAUAAGUGCAUAGCGAAUGUCGUUGUACGAGAUAAAGAAUUAUGUUGGAAUAUACCCGAUUCAUGGACAUUUGAAGAGGCGGCCACAGUGCCGUGCAUUUACAGCACUAAUUAUUAUGCCUUA